AUCCAAGUUCGUCCUACCACCGACCAGGGGCGCUGUUGAGCUGCUUUUAGAGGAUUUAGUUGAGUCGAACUGAUAGACAUUUUUACAAACUUCACCUACUUCAGUCACACUGCAGAUAUGUGAGAGGAGACUAAAAGGACAAAGGAACCAGAGCAGCAGCAGCUCCAGCAUGGCUCAGCAGCUGAAUAAUGAAGAAGGGACCACAUUAAUUCCUGCUGAUAAAGCAACUGGAGAGUCAAGAAGUUCUCUGAUAUCUGCGUCGUUUAAUUUCAUCAAUUCCAUUAUAGGAUCUGGAAUAAUAGGUUUACCAUACGCACUGAACCAGGCAGGCCUGCCUUUUGGCCUCCUCCUUCUGAUAGUUGUUGGAUUGAUCACAGAUUACUCAAUCAUCUUACUAAUUAAAGGAGGACACCUGUCAGGAACCAGCAGCUAUCAGUCACUGGUUCAGAGCACGUUUGGUUUCCCAGGAUUCCUGAUUCUGUCUGGACUGCAGUUCCUUUACCCUUUCAUUGCUAUGAUCAGCUACAACAUCACAACUGGGGACACGCUGACCAAAGUGUUUCAGAGAAUACCUGGAGUUGGUCCAGACCACAUACUUGCAGAGCGUCACUUUGUGAUCUUGCUGUCAACUAUUUUAUUCACAAUGCCUCUCUCACUUUAUCGAAACAUAGAGAAGCUCGGGAAGGUAUCCUUCCUGUCAAUGGUGCUGACACUUACCAUCCUCGUCAUUGUAGUCAUCAGAGCAGCUACACUUGGACCCCAAAUCAUCCCCACAGAGAAUGCAUGGGCAUUUGCAAAGUGGAAUGCGAUUCAGGCAGUUGGUGUUAUGUCUUUCGCCUUUAUAUGCCACCACAACAGCUUCCUUAUCUACGGCUCUCUGGAGCAGCCCACGCUGGCUAACUGGUCUCGAGUCACCCACGUCUCUGUGGGCUCAGCGCUGAUAGUCAGUGCUGUGUUUGCUGUCGCUGGCUAUUCAACCUUCACUGGCUACACACAAGGGGACAUAUUUGAGAACUAUUGCCGAAAUGAUAACCUGGCAACAUUUGGCCGCUUCUGUUUUGGACUCAGCAUAAUAACCACGUUUCCACUCGAGUGUUUUGUUACACGAGAGGUGGUAUCCAAUGUUAUUUGCAGUCGCGAUCUCUCCAGAGCCGAACACGUGUCCAUAACAUUGCUCAUAGUUGCAGUUUGCACAGCGAUAUCUUUGGCCUAUGACUGUCUGGGAGUUGUUUUGGAGCUGAAUGGUGUUGUGAGUGCCACGCCUCUGAUCUUCAUCGUUCCAUCUGCGUGCUUCCUCAAACUCUCACCCGGCCCUUGGUUCCAGAGUGAAAACCUGAUACCCAUUGCGCUGAUAUUAAUUGGCGUGUUUGUCAUGAUCACUGGUCUGAUCAUGACCGGCCUCUACCCUCAAGACUGUUCACACGGUGUUGAGAUGUUCUACUGUGCAGACGCCAAUGUCUCUGUCACCGUACCACCUGUAUGAAAGGAAAAUGUGUGAAAUGUUUACUUGUAUUAAUCUUUUUUUUAAACAACACUUACAUUAUAUGGCAAAAAAUAUGAGUAUGUGGACACCCCGAUCCGACUGAGGUCUUUUUGCUCCUUCGUCAACAGCAACAGGCCCUUACUUCAACAUGAUUGUCUGUGGUGCAUAAAGCAGGGUUCAUCAUGCAGGAGCUUUGAUUCUCCAAUGGGCCCCUUAAAAAAAAUCAAGUGAAAAUCAAGUUUUUGAUCUUGUUAACAAGCCCAUAUGGUGUUUUUUUAUAUUGUGGAAGAAACAUCAGGAGCACAACUGUAGUCAGUCACGCGGCUGAGCAUUUCCACCUUGAAACUGUAAUGUACUGACUCAAAAACACAGAUUCAGAUAUCCACCGUUUCAUAUGUAACAGAUCUAAGAAGGCAGUUGUUUCACUUUGCUGGGAGGGACAGUCUGUACAAUUAUUCUGUUUUAGAAUUGGCUUUCGGUACGAACACAUCACGUCAUGCCAAUGAACAGCUUUACAGUGUUUGUACAGAACCACGGUGGAGCUGGUGUGCUCGAACUGCAACAUGUAAGCCACUUUAAGGCAGAAGGGUAUUAUUUUCAGGGGAGAUAUGUGACUUUGACACACAAAGAUGGAUUUGUAGGGGUUAAAUCAGGGAUUGAGGAGGGACUUUAAAGGUCCUACAGGGAUGAAAUGUAAUUGCAUUAACCAGACCAUUGAACAUAAAUGACCUCUGGCCUCACUAAUGUUCCUGAGGCUGAAUGAGAGCAGAAAAUUCCAAAAUCUUGUGGAAAGCUGUGAAAAGCAUAUUAAUAGCGAUAGUGUUGGAGUAAGACACAACUUGGUGUGAUAUUGAGGUGUCCACAUGCAUUUAGCCAUAUACUGUGGGAUGGGAUUUUUAAUGUUCUUGAAGUUCUUUUGUUUUUGUUUUGUUUUUUAGCCUGUUUUGAUAUAUAUUACUGUGGGAAUCUACUCGGAAGGGAAAUUCGUCGUUUCCACAUCCAGCCACAUGGUGUCACUGUAGACAAAUGGAGCUUUUAUUAAAAGGAAGUACAAAA